CAGGGGUGCACAUGGAGCAUGGUUUUAGUUCAGUGGAGUGAACUGACAGAGGAACUCACCACAGAGUGAGAAAUAUUUGGACUUAACUUCCAGCAGCGUGGAGGGACACUGGAAGGCUUCUGUGAGGUUUCCUGUACGUGUCCCUGUGCCAGUGGAACUGUGUUAGAGCAGGUGCUCCACUACCUGUCCAAUCAGCCCUGCAGAGCAUUGUCAGGAUUACAGGUGUCUCUGCUGAGGAACUGAGGAGAAGACAAGGUGGUUCUUCUGCAGUCGCAGAACAGGACGAAACAAACCAACAAACCCAAGCCAACCAACAAUGGUUCAACCAACAAAUCUUCAGAGAUUUGCCUGUUUGAGCAAUGACAGUAUAUAAAUUUGGGAAUACAGCGGAAUUCCUGCCCAGUCGGUACCAGCAGGUCAAAUCCAGCUUUGGAUGUUCCUUCUCAACCUCAAACUAACUCAGUUUUUGUUUGUUUGUUUUUAACAUUGCUUUCCUUUUUUGACAAACACACUCCCUGAUGAUAACAAAGAGAUAUGUCACGAUAUUCCUGGUGGGAUCCUGCUUGAUACUGGACCACUCCUCCCAAAUCCCUUUGCAGACUUCCCUCCACAGCAGAACUAGCAGGGGUGUAAUAUGUGGUGGAGGGAGGAAAAAUCUGGGUUUGGGGCCUUCUUUGGGGGAAGUUCCAUCAGUGGAGGGCAAGAGGAGAUGGCGGAGGCAGGGUAGGUCUGGAACUCACCGGAUUAAAAGAGGAUGGGUGUGGAACCAGUUCUUUGUCCUGGAGGAGUACAUGGGAUCUGAACCUCAGUACGUUGGAAAGCUCCACACAGAGAUGGACCAGGGAGAUAAUGCAGUGAAAUAUACACUCUCAGGAGAGGGAGUGGGGUCCGUCUUCACCAUUGACCAAGUGACAGGAGAUAUACAUGCACAGAUGGUGCUUGACAGGGAGAAAAAAUCGUACUACACGCUGAAGGCCCAGGCUGUUGACGUUCAUACAGGCAUCCCUCUUGAGCCAGAGUCUGAGUUUAUCAUCAAGGUGCAGGAUAUUAAUGACAAUGAACCUCAGUUCCCAGAUGGACCCUACAGCGCCAGUGUCCCAGAGAUGUCCCCAGCAGGAACCUACGUGACACAGGUGACUGCCACAGAUGCAGAUGACCCUACAUAUGGCAACAGUGCUCGCAUUGUCUACAGCAUCCUUCACGGCCAGCCCUACUUCUCUGUGGACCCCAAAACAGGUAUAAUUCGGACAGCUCUGGCCAACAUGGACCGUGAAGUGAAAGAGGAAUACCAGGUUCUUCUCCAGGCCAAGGAUAUGGGUGGUCAACUGGGGGGACUGGCCUCCACCACCAUCAUCAAUAUCACCCUGACUGAUGUCAAUGACAACCCCCCGCGCUUCACUAAGAGUAUUUUUCAUCUUCAUGUACCAGAGUCAGCAUCAUUGGGUGCAGCUGUGGGACGAAUUCAAGCCCAGGAUUUGGAUGUAGGCAGCAACGCACGGGUGGAUUUUGCCAUUGUUCCAGGAGAUGAGGGCAACAUGUUUGACAUCAUCUCUAAUGGUCAAAGUCAAGAAGGAAUCGUUGUUCUGAAAAAGACUCUUGACUAUGAAACCCAAGCGUCCUAUACUUUCAAGGUGGAAGCAUUUAAUGCAGAGCUAGAUCCCCGUUUCCUCCAUCUGGGGCCCUUCAAGGACUCUGUGACAGUCAAAAUUAACGUAUUGGAUGUGGACGAGCCUCCUGUCUUCACCACGCCUUACUAUUCUUUGGACGUGUACGAGGACACUCCCCCAGGAACCAUCAUUGGCUCAGUGACCGCUUACGACCUGGAUGCUAGUAGCAGUGCUGUCAGGUAUUCUCUGGAGUGGCAGACUGGCUCUGACAGCUUUUUUGACAUUGAGACGGUGGAAGGAACUUUAUCCACUAAUGAAUACUUGGACAGAGAGACAGCUGUUCAGCACAACAUCACUGUGGUGGCAACCAAACUCAAUAAUCCUUCGCUGUCUGCAGAAGUGUUAGUGAAGGUCAACGUCCUGGAUGUGAAUGAGUUCCCUCCUCAGCUCACUGCUCCUUCAGAUACAUUUGUCUGUGAAAACUCCAGAGCUGGACAGGUGAUCCAGACAGUCAGCGCUGUUGACGAGGACCAUCCCCCUGUGGGCCAGAGGUUCUUCUUCAAGUCCUCCAAGGAGCUCCAAUACAGAAACUUUACUGUUAGAGAUUAUGGAAACAACACUGCUGGGAUUGUGACUCGACAGUCAGCUUUCCAGCGGCGGCUGCAGGAUGUCUACGUCCUUCCUGUUGUAGUUGAGGACAGCGGUUACCCCGCUCAGAGCAGCACAGCUACCCUGACCAUCAGAGUGUGUUCCUGUGAGACUGUGGGCUCACUGCUCACCUGCUCACCAGUGUUCCUGCCCGCUGACCUCAGCACUGAAGCUUUGUUGGCUGUUCUUCUGAGCAUUACUUUGCUGAUUGGUGAAAAUAAGAUCUGCAAAGUCCAUAUGAAUAUAAGGAGCUUUAAGGUUUUGAGCUUGAUGAUGGUGACCAUACAAACUGAUGCUGUACCUGAGCAUAUUACUCUGGUCUCAUCCUGUCCAGGUAUGUCAGUGUUAUACAUGGGUCAGAGGCCCCAGAAAGUGAAAGACACUCUGAUGAGAUCAAAAGAAGACAUCCGUGAUAAUGUCAUUCACUAUGACGAUGAGGGAGGUGGCGAGGCUGACACUGACGCGUUUCACAUGGGCACCUUGUGCAAAACAUAUUCAGACCACAGCAGCAUCUCCAACAAGAAGAAAAAUGGCUAUGGCGACGGCAUUCUGCUGCAUCUCAGCACCCACUGUGACAAUGUCAGGUCACCUGACAUCCAUCUGCAAACAGCCAGCUUCAUCGCCACCGGGAACAAGCCUCCACUCUUCUGCCGCGGCAGGGCGACCCAAGGCGAUGCUGAAUUGAUCAGAGAGGUCAUUGAACACCGACUGAAGGAGAGCCAGCAGGGGUAUGCGGACCUACCUGGUGAUUCACUGGCAACGUACGCACACGAGGGGGAUGGCUCAGAGGCUCAGUCUCUCUCAUCCAUAGAGGACUCACUUGUACUUGACAGUUUAGGGGAUUUUAGCUCGCUUGCUGACUGGGGACAGCCAUUUAAAACACUGGCUAGCAUUCUUGACAAGCAGCCACCGUCUCUCUUUAACGAGAGCUGAGAGGAAAUUGAACUGAGUAUUAGUUUAUUAGCUAAAAUCAUUAUUAAACAUGUCACCAAUUUUCUAGUUAAAUGUGUUUCUAAAGGUGCUGCUGACGUUUUCACACAAAAGGUGUCUUGAAGCUGUGAUCUCCAACAGAGGCUUGUUCUUACAUUUCAGUCAGCGUUUUUUUUUCCAUGUCAUUUUCUCAUUAUUACAUCUGUGGUUUAAUUUCUCUGCAUGUGUGGACUGGAUGGGCUGUUGCUGCAAGUCAACAGCACCUGGAGAAAUAUAUUUAGUUAAAAAAUUGGUGAUGUGUGUCUAUGUGUACAUAAUAUAUAUCCAUCCAUUUUCUUCCACUUAUCUGGGGCCUUGUUGGGGGGGCAGCAGCCCCAGCAGAGAAGCCCAGACCUCCCUCUCUCCAGGGUGUUCCCAGACCACCAAGAAAAAUGAUCUCUCCAGCGUUUCCUGGCUCUGCCCUGUGGGACAUGCCCGGAAACCUCACCAAGGAGGUGCCCGGAGGCGUCCUUGUCAGAUGCCUGAGUUAUAAAUUUUUAAGCAUGACAGACACUAGAAUGAUGUAAGAAUUGUCAGAAUGAUAAAACCAAACUUGUUCACGUCGGUAGUAUUUAUAUGCUUCCACAUCAUCCAGGGGUCUGUCUUCUUUUAACUCUCAGCUUUUCAACCAUGCUUCCAGUGGAACUUGGUUUGGUUCAUCUUUGAAUUCACCUUAGGUUGGACAAACUGGCAAGUAAUUUGCAAAUGUGAAUAUAAGUAAACCUCUUAACUGGUCACUAAGGACCCAUACAGGUUUGGAGUUGGGUUUUGUUUUAGCUAUAAUAAAAAGAGCGUUUGUCAGAAAGUAAACAGUGUUACCUUUCAAGUGUCGUGCAUCAAUUAGCAAUAAUGUUUUUCCAUUUAAAGCUUUUUUAUGUUCCAGAUUGGCAAUUAAUUUUAUACAAAGAGUUAAAUGUUACCUUGAAUCUAACUCCAGAUGUAUCUCAGUGGCCUAGUGGCUCACUGCUAAUGAGUUCAUAUAUGUCAGCUGUAAGCUAAGGAUCCAGACUGGAAGGUAAAUGUGUUAUUGGCACUUAUUAAUUUGUUUCAUUGGUUUUAUGAAAUGUUAAAUUCUGCAUCUAAAUAAAGUCAGAACCACA